ACCGAAGCACUAGCUGUUGCGUCGAAGAACGAACGAUACAUGGAGAACGGGAACAUCGCCGCCGCAUCGCCGGAGGAGGUCCGCCGCAGCCCUGCUUUCGGAUGGGCCGCCAGAGACACCUCAGGCGUCCUCUCGCCUUUCACAUUCUCCCGGAGGAAAAAUGGGGAGAACGAUGUGACCAUCAAGAUCUUGUACUGCGGCAUCUGCCACUCCGACCUCCACUCCGUCAAGAACGAGUGGCAAAACUCCGUCUACCCGAUCGUGCCUGGUCACGAGAUCGUCGGCGUUGUCACCGAGGUGGGCGGCAAGGUGGACAGGUUCAAGGUGGGCGACCACGCCGGGGUGGGCUGCAUGGUCAACUCCUGCCGCAGCUGCCACGAGUGCGCAGGGCACCACGAGAACCACUGCCCCGGCAUGAUCUUGACCUACAACUCCACCGACGCCGACGGCACAGUCACCUACGGCGGCUACUCCGACUCCGUCGUGGUGGAGGAGCACUUCGCGGUGCGGUUCCCGGCGGGCAUGCCGCUCGACCGAGGCGCGCCGCUGCUCUGCGCCGGCAUCACGGUCUACAGUCCCAUGAAGCGCUUCGGGUUCGACGUCCCCGGGAAGCACAUCGGAGUGGUGGGCCUCGGCGGGCUCGGCCACGUCGCCGUCAAGUUCGGCAAGGCCUUCGGCGCCAAGGUGACGGUGAUCAGCACGUCGCCGAGCAAAAGGCAGGAGGCCGUCGAGCGACUGGGCGCCGACGCUUUCCUGGUCAGCAAAGACCCCGAUGAGAUGAAGGCCGCUUGGGGAACCAUGGACGGCAUAAUCAACACAGUCUCAGCAGCUCAUGAAGUAACUCCAUUGCUGUCUCUUCUCAAAACUUUUGGACAAAUGGUCAUGGUCGGUGCACCGGAGAAGCCAUUAGAGAUCUAUGCUUUUCCCUUACUUCUAGGCGGGAAGUCUAUCGUAGGGAGUGCAAUUGGUGGGAUGAAGGAGACUCAGGAGAUGAUAGAUUUUGCGGCAGAGCACAAUGUGACUGCGGAUAUCGAGCUUAUCAGCAUGGAUUAUGUGAACAAAGCCAUGGAGAGGGUCGCAAAGGCUGAUGUCCGCUAUCGAUUUGUCAUCGAUAUCGGGAACACUUUGACACUAGCCAGUGCGUCGAAGAACGAACAAUACAUGGAGAACGGGAACAUCGCCGCCGCAUCGCCGGAGGAGGUCCGCCGCAGCCCUGCUUUCGGAUGGGCCGCCAGAGACUCCUCCGGCGUCCUCUCGCCUUUCACAUUCUCCCGGACGUACUUGGUCGUCGAAAUGCUUGACAGGAAAAAUGGGGAGAACGAUGUGACCAUCAAGAUCUUGUACUGCGGCAUCUGCCACUCCGACCUCCACUCCGUCAAGAACGAGUGGCAAAACUCCGUCUACCCGAUCGUGCCUGGUCACGAGAUCGUCGGCGUUGUCACCGAGGUGGGCGGCAAGGUGGACAGGUUCAAGGUGGGCGACCACGCCGGGGUGGGCUGCAUGGUCAACUCCUGCCGCAGCUGCCACGAGUGCGCGGGGCACCUCGAGAACCACUGCCCCGGCAUGAUCUUCACCUACAAUUCCACCGACGUCGACGGCACCGUCACCUACGGCGGCUACUCCGACUCCGUCGUGGUGGAGGAGCACUUCGCGGUGCGUUUCCCGGCGGGCAUGCCGCUCGACCGCGGCGCGCCGCUGCUCUGCGCCGGCAUCACGGUCUACAGUCCCAUGAAGCGCUUCGGGUUCGACGUCCCCGGGAAGCACAUCGGAGUGGUGGGGCUCGGCGGGCUCGGCCACGUCGCCGUCAAGUUCGGCAAGGCCUUCGGCGCCAAGGUGACGGUGAUCAGCACGUCGCCGAGCAAAAGGCAGGAGGCCGUCGAGCGACUGGGCGCCGACGCUUUCCUGGUCAGCAAAGACCCCGAUGAGAUGAAGGCCGCUUGGGGAACCAUGGACGGCAUAAUCAACACAGUCUCAGCAGCUCAUGAAGUGACUCCAUUGCUGUCUCUUCUCAAAACUUUUGGACAAAUGGUCAUGGUCUGUGCUCCAGAGAAGCCAUUAGAGAUCUAUGCUUUCCCCUUACUUCUAGGCGGGAAGUCUAUCGUAGGGAGUGCAAUUGGUGGGAUGAAGGAGACUCAGGAGAUGAUAGAUCUUGCGGCAGAGCACAAUCUGACUGCGGAUAUCGAGCUUAUCAGCAUGGAUUAUGUGAACAAAGCCAUGGAGAGGGUCGCAAAGGCUGAUGUCCGCUAUCGAUUUGUUAUCGAUAUCGGGAACACUUUGAGUGCUGCUUAAGAUCUAGUGUGAGGAAUUAGUUUAUUGUUGCAUGCAUGAGGGAGCAAUUGUAGUUUGCCUUUACUUU